GGUUCCCUUCUCACCGUCGCCAGAGAUCUACAUUUUCUUCAAAUUAUCCGGUAACUACUACACCUUGCGUUUCUUCUCUUCUGUUUCGUCGUUUGAUUUUUCCGGUCACUUAAUCUCGAUUUUGGUGAUUAGCAUGAAUUAGAUGAAUUUUAGUUUCGUUUCUUCAAAUCCGCAGUCAAUUUCUUCUCUGCAGGCUCAGUUGCAAGUAGAAGUGAUGCCGGGGAACAUUUACAAUCCUCCGCUCACGCCAAGAACUAGAUUGGAACGGCUUCUAAGGGAAAGAGAGCUACGGAAACUGAAUAACUGUUUAAAUGAAGGAGAAGCAGAGUUCUUUGGUGAAUCUAUUUCAUCUGAUGGUGAAAGUUCAAGUUUCCUUAAUGAGGAACAACAUUCAGAAAUAAUGUCAAGGAGUUCCAAUGAUGUAUGUGAAAGAUCAGACGGGCGAGUUUCUAAACAGCGUUUGUUGGUGGUAGCCAACAGGUUGCCGGUCUCUGCAAUUAGGCUGGGGGAGGACUCGUGGCAACUCGACAUAAGUAUAGGCGGCCUCGUCAGUGCACUACUGGGUAUUAAGCAAUAUGAAACCAUAUGGAUUGGUUGGGCUGGUGUAAGUGUGCAUGAUGAUAUUGGACAAAGAACACUAACUACAGCUUUGGCUGAUAAGAGAUGCAUCCCAGUAUUUCUUGAUGAAGAAAUUGUUCAACAGUAUUAUAACGGCUACUGUAACAACAUAUUGUGGCCUCUUUUUCACUAUCUUGGGUCGCCACAAGAAGAUCGCUUGGCAACAACUCGAACUUUUCAAUCUCAAUUUGAUGCUUAUAAGGAGGCGAACAAAAUGUUUGCUAAUGUGGAGCGUAAUAAGAAAAUGAAAGUUGGUUGGUUUCUCCAUACGCCUUUUCCUUCUUCAGAAAUACACAGGACAUUGCCAUCACGUUCAGAGCUUCUGAAAUCUGUUCUCACUGCUGACUUAGUUGGCUUCCACACAUAUGAUUAUGCUAGGCAUUUUGUUAGUGCUUGUACUCGUAUUCUCGGGCUGGAGGGCACACCUGAAGGAGUAGAGGAUGAACAAGGAAAACUAACUCGUGUCGCAGCUUUUCCAAUUGGGAUUGACUCUAAUCGGUUCAUUCAAGCUCUCGAACUCCCUCAAGUGCAAGAUCACAUGAAAGAAUUAGUAGCAAGGUUUGGUGGUCGAAAGUUAAUGUUAGGUGUGGAUCGGCUUGAUAUGAUCAAGGGAAUUCCUCAAAAGAUUUUGGCUUUUGAAAAAUUCCUUGAGGAAAAUCCAAAAUGGCGAGAUAAAGUGGUUCUUGUGCAAAUCGCUGUGCCCACAAGGACUGAUGUUCCUGAAUAUCAAAAGCUUACAAGCCAGGUUCAUGAGAUUGUUGGGCGCAUAAAUGGAAAAUAUGGGACAUUUACUGCUGUCCCAAUACAUCAUCUGGAUCGUUCUCUUGAUUUUCACGAAUUAUGUGCAUUGUACGCUGUUACUGAUGUAGCUCUUGUAACAUCUUUGAGGGAUGGAAUGAACCUUGUCAGCUAUGAGUUCGUUGCCUGUCAAGCUUCCAAGAAAGGGGUCCUUAUUUUAAGUGAGUUUGCUGGUGCUGCACAGUCCCUUGGUUCUGGAGCUAUCUUGGUAAAUCCCUGGAAUGUCACUGAAGUUGCUUCUUCAAUUGGCAAGGCUUUGGAUAUGCCAGCAGAGGAAAGAGAAAAGCGGCACCAUCAGAACUUCACACAUGUGACUACGCACACAUCUAAAGAAUGGGCUGCAACCUUUAUAAGUGAACUUAAUGAUACCAUUGUUGAAGCUCAUCUAAGGACCACACAUGUUCCACCAGUGCUCCCUUUUAAAACUGCAGUUGAUCAUUAUUUCAAAUGCAAUAACCGAUUGCUGAUACUGGGAUUCAAUACAACUUUAACUGAACCAGUAGAUGUUCGUGCAAGGAAGGACAGUCAGAUUAAAGAAAUGGAGCUCAAGUUGCGCCCAGUAUUUAGUGAACCAUUGAAGAAGCUUUGUGAUGAUCCGAAGACAACAAUCAUAAUCCUCAGUGGAAGUGACAGAAGUGUCCUGGACAAAAACUUCAGCAAUUACAGCCUGUGGCUGGCAGCAGAGAAUGGCAUGUUUUUACGCAGUACAGCAGGAGAGUGGAUGACCACAAUGCCUGAGUGCUUGAAUAUGGAUUGGGUUGACAGUGUAAAGCAUGUAUUCAGAUAUUUUACCGAAAGAACACCUCGGUCUCAUUUUGAAUUCCGUGAAACUUCACUUAAAUGGAACUAUAAGUAUGCAGAUCUUGUAUUUGGAAGACUCCAAGCGAGGGAUCUCUUGCAGCAUCUGUGGACAGGUCCAAUAUCUAAUGCACCUGUUGAAGUUGUCCAAGGUAGCCAAUCUGUUGAGGUUCGACCUGUAGGUUUUUCCAAGGCUGCAGUAAUUGAUCGUAUCUUGGGUGAAAUAGUUCAUGGCAAAGGCAUGAAGGAGCCAGUUGAUUACGUCCUGUGUAUUGGGCACUUUCUAGUGAAGGAUGAGGAUAUUUAUACAUUUUUUGAGCCAGAGCUUCCUCCAGAACCUCCAGCAGUACCGAAUCCCGUUAAGACAUCUGCUUCGAAGUCAUCAUUAUCGAAUGAAGGUGAAUCAAAGGCAGCUUUCAGGAUUGAGGGGUCCUUGAGAACCGUAGAGAGGUGCAUGACUCGUCCUGCAAAAGCUCCUGGUGCUCCACGACCUCUAACACUUGAAACAACGCCAUCAUUUCAUGAGAGUUAUAGUGCAGUGCUGGAUCUUGAGGGUGACAAUUACUUCUCUUGUGCUGUUGGACGGCAGCAAUCAAAAGCUCGGUAUAUGCUAGGAUCAUCAGAUGAUGUUGCCGUACUCUUGAGGCAGCUGGCAGGGCUUUCACCACCAAAUUCGACGGAUUGUCAAAACUUGUCGACGUAAUUCUUUUUCUGCAGUAACCAAGCUACAAAAGAAAAGAAGUUUAUUUUUCACAGGUUAGUUUCUUUCUCGCUGCACUGGCAUAAAAUGUGGCAUAUAUUGAAUCGAUUGAUGGUUUUCAGUCAAUAGAAUUUUGAGAAAUAAAAUAUUAUUGUUUAA